AUGGCUCCUUCCAGCACUAGGGCUGCCUCCAUAAAGAAGCCUUCAUCUGCCAAGACAAAGCCCAAGGCUUCUUCAAACAAGAAGACCUCUGCCAUGGAUACAAAAAAAGGUUUGAGGGCUCAGAAGGCUGCUGGUAAGAAAACUCAGUUGAAGGAGUUGGUGGAUUUGUUGCAUGAUGAAUUGACUGAGCCCGAGGAAGAGGAUCCUCCUGCUACCCCAGAGCCAGAGCCUUUGACAGAACUCCCAGUCCCAAAUGCAAAGCUGGUGUCAACAAAGAUGACACCCUUGAAGAAGGUGUUUGCUCCCCCUUUGAAGACCUUGACUCCAAAGUCAAGAGUCUCUUUGGCCAGGUCAUCCACAUGGAUUGAGAAGGAGCUAGAGUCACAUGAGGAACCUGAGGAGGAGCAGGAACCUGAGAUGACCACUGAGGAGUGCGCCAUAGGGGAGGGAGGCAAGGCCAAGGAUGAGUCACUCAAGGAAAGCCAUGUUAAGGAGACCACUGUGGAGCUGAUGGACAGUGAAGAGGAGGAGGAACAGCCCAGGAAGGGCCUCUCCAAGAUCCUCAACAUGGUUCCACCCUUUGGUGCAGAUCUCAAUACCUGGAGAGCUAAUGGUGGCAUGUCCAAGUUCCGGAUCAAGCUCAUCAAGUUCCUUUCAAGGCAUAGUAAGAGAAGGUACUGGCUGGCCGUGCCUUCAACUGCAGCUUCUUUCAUGGGCCCUGCAUUCCAUGUGCAAUGGCAUGUGAAAAUGGAGUGGGUAGAGGGGGACCAAAAAGCUGUGGUGGGGAGAGAUGAUAAGCCUCCCUUCAAUACUUGGGCUCUUAGGCAUCAGAUGGAGCUUGAGGCCACUCUGGCUGGCAACAAGGAGCCAGAUGAGGGCCUCAAAUCUGUGAUCAAAGCUGAGGAGAAGGCUUGGAAUGCACUGUCCAUGGCCGAGCAGGCACAGCACCUACUAGACAUAUUGCCAUGCAGACAUACCACUGAGUGGGCAUCAAAGGGAAAGACAACCCUGGUGCACACGCCCAUGAAGCCCACCUCUGCUUGUGUGCAUCCAAAGACAACUGUUGUCAUGGAAAUCCCAACUCAGUGCUCCCAGUUGAGGGUCUCCGUCUCCGCUGCUGCUUCUCUGCCUCCUUUGCUGUCAAAGUCUCCUUCCAUGGUUGAAUCAACUCUUGCUCCUGAUGACAAGAAGGCAAAAGUUGGCAAGAAGCUGAAGAACUUCAGCAAGGAACUCAGGGCUCUGGCUGCCAAAGCUGAGCCUGAUCUGCUGCCCAUGUCAGAUGGCAUCAGUCCAUUUGAUCUUCAAGCAUUCUGUGCUCUUGAUGGCACAACCAAGGCUACUUGGAUGUCUCCUGAGUUUGACAUUCUGCUCAAUCUGGACUAUCUCCAUGGGACUCGUCUGUCCAUCAUGGACAUCUGCCUGUUGCCAGUGUGGCUAGUCUUGUACUUCACAAAGAUGUUCUGGGUCCUCUGCAAAAAUCCCAUUCCUUGCAACAUGUGCGGCUCCAACAAGGUGGGCCAACAGUGCACUGGCAGCUGGAACCACUUGAUGACUGAUUGGAAGAGCAAGCUGAAGCAGAUUGGUUGCUCAUGCGACUUGUGCUGGUGCAAGGGCUACAGUUGUAGCUUCAUCAUGUGCAAUAAGGAAACAGCUGGUGAAAGCUCAAAAGCAGCUGGUUCAAAGUGCAAGGCCAUGGUCAAUCUGACUGGUGAUGACUCAAAGAAGCCCAACAAGAGGGCAAAAUCCAGCACAGUGAAGAUGGAGAGCGAGCUGGCAUUCACAAUCCCAGAUGCAGUCAUGAGGAUGGUGAUGGCAUGGAGGGAUGCAGACUCCCCCAUGUUCCUUAAGUUCUCUGGCACUUUCCAUAAGUUCUUAUCGUUCCUGUUUUGGUCCCUCUUCUCAUGUGUUUCGGACAGUGCAGUGCCUCCACUGCCUCAUCCGUGA